AUGGCUUUGCGCACUGCGGCGGGGCUGCACCGCAACCGAGCUUGGCCCUGUGGCUCCUCCCCGUCGCCCUGCGCCGAUUGGCGCGCCAGCAGCGAGUCGGAGCUCUAUGGAGGUGGCGGCGAGUAUCGGGUUGUGGCUGCAGCAGCGACUCUUCUGAGCUGUUUUCAAGCCGUUCUCGGUGAAGGUUUUUCAUUUCUCCCAUCCUCUUCCCUCCCCACCCCAUCCAUUAAUAUUAUUCUUUUGAAGAUUCUUCGUUGUCAAGCCGCCAAAGUGGAGAGUGCGAUCGCAGAAGGGGGUGCUUCUCGUUUCAGUGCUUCUUCGGGCGGAGGAGGAAGUAGGGGUGCACCUCAGCACUAUCCCAAGACUGCUGGCAACAGCGAGUUCCUGGGGAAAACCCCAGGGCAAAACGCUCAGAAAUGGAUUCCUGCACGAAGCACUAGACGAGAUGACAACUCCGCAGCAAACAACUCCGCAAAUGAAAAAGAACGACAUGAUGCAAUCUUCAGGAAAGUAAGAGGCAUAUUAAAUAAGCUUACUCCUGAGAAGUUUGACAAGCUAUGCCUUGAGCUCCUCAAUGUGGGUGUAGAGUCUAAACUCAUCCUUAAAGGGGUCAUACUGCUGAUUGUGGACAAAGCCCUAGAAGAGCCAAAGUAUAGCUCACUGUAUGCUCAGCUAUGUCUGCGAUUGGCAGAAGAUGCACCAAACUUUGAUGGCCCAGCAGCAGAGGGUCAACCAGGACAGAAGCAAAGCACAACAUUCAGACGCCUCCUAAUUUCCAAAUUACAAGAUGAAUUUGAAAACCGAACCAGAAAUGUUGAUGUCUAUGAUAAGCGUGAAAAUCCCCUCCUCCCUGAGGAGGAGGAACAGAGAGCUAUUGCCAAGAUCAAGAUGUUGGGGAACAUCAAAUUCAUUGGAGAACUUGGAAAGCUUGAUCUUAUUCAUGAAUCUAUCCUUCAUAAGUGCAUCAAAACACUUUUGGAAAAAAAGAAGAGAGUCCAACUCAAAGAUAUGGGAGAGGAUUUGGAGUGCCUCUGUCAGAUAAUGAGGACAGUGGGGCCUAGAUUAGACCAUGAACGAGCCAAGUCCUUAAUGGAUCAGUACUUUGCCCGAAUGUGCUCCUUGAUGUUAAGUAAGGAAUUGCCGGCGAGGAUUCGUUUCCUGCUGCAGGAUACCGUAGAGUUGCGAGAACACCAUUGGGUUCCUCGCAAAGCUUUUCUUGACAAUGGACCAAAGACGAUCAAUCAAAUCCGUCAAGAUGCAGUAAAAGAUCUAGGAGUGUUUAUUCCUGCUCCUAUGGCUCAAGGGAUGAGAAGUGACUUCUUUCUGGAGGGACCGUUCAUGCCACCCAGGAUGAAAAUGGAUAGGGACCCACUUGGAGGACUUGCUGAUAUGUUUGGACAAAUGCCAGGAAGCGGAAUUGGUACUGGUCCAGGAGUUAUCCAGGAUAGAUUUUCACCCACCAUGGGGCGCCAUCGUUCAAAUCAACUCUUCAAUGGCCAUGGGGGACACAUCAUGCCUCCCACACAGUCGCAGUUUGGGGAGAUGGGAGGCAAGUUUAUGAAAAGCCAGGGGCUAAGCCAGCUCUACCAUAACCAGAGUCAGGGACUCUUAUCCCAGCUGCAAGGACAGUCGAAGGAUAUGCCACCUCGGUUUUCUAAGAAAGGACAGCUUAAUGCAGAUGAGAUUAGCUUGAGGCCUGCUCAGUCUUUCCUAAUGAAUAAAAAUCAAGUGCCAAAGCUUCAGCCCCAAAUAACUAUGAUUCCUCCUAGUGCACAGCCACCACGCACUCAAACGCCACCUCUGGGACAGACACCUCAGCUUGGUCUCAAAACUAAUCCACCACUUAUCCAGGAAAAGCCUGCCAAGACCAGUAAGAAGCCACCACCGUCAAAGGAAGAACUGCUUAAACUAACCGAAACUGUUGUAACUGAAUACCUGAAUAGUGGGAAUGCAAAUGAAGCUGUCAAUGGUGUAAGAGAGAUGAGAGCUCCUAAACACUUCCUUCCUGAGAUGUUAAGCAAAGUAAUCAUCCUGUCACUGGAUAGAAGUGAUGAAGAUAAAGAAAAAGCAAGUUCUUUGAUCAGUUUACUCAAACAGGAAGGGAUAGCCACAAGUGACAACUUCAUGCAGGCUUUUCUGAAUGUAUUGGACCAGUGCCCCAAACUGGAGGUUGACAUCCCCUUGGUGAAAUCGUAUUUAGCACAGUUUGCAGCUCGUGCUGUCAUUUCAGAGCUGGUGAGCAUUUCGGAACUAGCUCAACCACUGGAAAGUGGCACCCAUUUUCCUCUCUUCUUACUUUGUCUUCAGCAAUUAGCUAAAUUACAAGAUCGAGAAUGGUUAACAGAGCUUUUCCAACAGAGCAAGGUCAAUAUGCAGAAAAUGCUCCCAGAAAUUGAUCAAAAUAAGGACCGCAUGCUGGAGAUCUUGGAAGGAAAGGGACUGAGUUUCUUAUUCCCACUUCUCAAACUGGAGAAGGAACUGUUAAAGCAAAUAAAGUUGGAUCCAUCCCCUCAGACCAUAUAUAAAUGGAUUAAAGAUAACAUCUCUCCCAAACUUCAUGUAGAUAAAGGAUUUGUGAACAUCUUAAUGACUAGCUUCUUACAGUACAUUUCUAGUGAAGUAAACCCACCCAGUGAUGAAACAGAUUCUUCCUCUGCUCCUUCCAAAGAACAGUUAGAGCAGGAAAAACAACUGCUGCUUUCCUUCAAGCCAGUAAUGCAGAAAUUCCUUCAUGAUCAUGUUGAUCUACAAGUUAGUGCCCUCUAUGCUCUUCAGGUGCACUGCUACAACAGCAACUUCCCAAAAGGCAUGUUACUCCGCUUUUUUGUUCACUUCUAUGACAUGGAAAUUAUUGAAGAAGAAGCUUUCUUGGCUUGGAAAGAAGAUAUAACCCAAGAGUUUCCAGGGAAAGGCAAGGCUUUGUUCCAGGUGAAUCAGUGGCUAACCUGGCUAGAAACUGCUGAAGAAGAAGAAUCAGAGGAAGAAGCCGACUAAAAGAACCAGCCAAAGCCUUAAAUUGUGCAAAACAUACUGUUGCUAUGGUGUAACUGCAUUUGACCUAACCACUGCGAAAAUUCAUUCCGCUGUAAUGUUUUCACAAUAUUUAAAAGCAGAAGCACGUCAGUUAGGAUUUCCUUCUGCAUAAGGUUUUUUUUGUAGUGUAAUGUCUUAAUCAUAGUCUACCAUCAAAUAUUUUAGGAGUAUCUUUAAUGUUUAGAUAGUAUAUUAGCAGCAUGCAAUAAUUACAUCAUAAGUUCUCAAGCAGAGGCAGUCUAUUGCAAGGACCUUCUUUGCUGCCAGUUAUCAUAGGCUGUUUUAAGUUAGAAAACUGAAUAGCAACACUGAAUACUGUAGAAAUGCACUUUGCUCAGUAAUACUUGAGUUGUUGCAAUAUUUGAUUAUCCAUUUGGUUGUUACAGAAAAAUUCUUAACUGUAAUUGAUGGUUGUUGCCGUAAUAGUAUAUUGCCUGUAUUUCUACCUCUAGUAAUGGGCUUUAUGUGCUAGAUUUUAAUAUCCUUGAGCCUGGGCAAGUGCACAAGUCUUUUUAAAAGAAACAUGGUUUACUUGCACAAAACUGAUCAGUUUUGAGAGAUCGUAAAUGCCCUUGAAGUGGUCUUUGUGGGUGUGAAACAAAUGGUGAGAAUUUGAAUUGGUCCCUCUUAUUAUAGUAUUGAAAUUAAGUCUACUUAAUUUAUCAAGUCAUGUUCAUGCCCUGAUUUUAUAUACUUGUAUCUAUCAAUAAACAUUGUGAUACUUGA